AUGACCGUCUCGUUUCGUGUGAAUCCCGAGUACGCGGCGAUGAGCGAGGUCGUCCCCGGCCUGUUCAUCUGCGGCGUCUCCGCUUUGACCAAGGAAGAAAUGAAAAAGUGCAAGAUCACCCACAUCAUCAAUGCUACUACCGAGGUGAGGAUAUCGCUUCAAAUCAGAAAAAAAAUGGCUGGAAAGGCUGCCACUGGCGUAAGGAUGAAACUUAACUAUCCAGCCCUGAAAAAUUCUUCGAAAUGGUCAAAAAAUGGCUCUGAAACGAUCAUUUUAACUAAGUGGCACCUACGGGGCCACUAGAAAGAUUGUCAACACUUAAGUGGCCACUAGAAAGUAUCUUCAGCACUUAAGGGGUCACUAGAAUGUAUCUACAGCACUUAAGGGUCCCUAGAAAGAUUGUCAGCUCUUAAGUGGUCACUAUAAAGUAUCUUCAGCCCUUAAGGGGUCACUAGGAAGUUUCAUCAGUCCUUAGGGGUCACUAGAAUGUAUCUUCAGCCUUUAGGGGUUCCCUAGAAAGAAUUGUCAGCACUUCAGUGGUCACUAGAAAGAAUCUUCAACACUUUAGUGGUCACUAGAAAGAAUCUUCAACACUUUAGUGGUCACUAGAAAAUAUCGUCAGCCCUUAAGUGGUCACAAGAAAGUAUCUUCAGCACUUAAGUGGUCACUAGAAAGAAUCUUCAGCACUCAAGUGGCCACUAGAAAGUAUCGUCAGCCCUUAAGGGGUCACUAGAAAGUAUCGUCAGCCCUUAAGUGGUCACUAAGAGUGCUCCAACACGUCCGAUUCACGUUAACAAUCAGAUUUGGUCCUUAAAAAUCGAUCAUAAGAUGAAAUUUGACGCUUCUGAAGUCCCUGAAAAGCUCAGUAUGUUCCGAAACGAGAACUUCUUAAAAUCAUGAUCAUCUUUUUGUCCUGAACGACCAAUUUUAUCGUCCCUACCUCCAGGUGCCCAACCUGAGAAGCCUCGGCGACAUCCAAAGGACGAAGCUCUGGCUGGAAGACACGCCACAAACCUACAUCUAUCCCCACCUGGAGCUCCAGGCCGACCAGAUCCAGGCGUUGAUCGCCGACGGCGGCCGUGUCCUCGUCCACUGCGUCGCCGGCGUCUCCCGCUCGGCCUCCAUCUGCCUCGCCUACCUCACCAAAUACAGGUAUUUAUUGAUUUUCGCUGUUCAAAUCGGUUCACCUGUCUUUUGAGAGGGCAAAGUUUGGUGAUACCUUCGAAAAAAGGCGCUUUUUUUGCGAAAUGGUUCUUUUAAAGAAGAAAAAAAGGUGUUUGAAAAGAUGUCAUUUCAGGAAAAGAGGCUUAUAGAGGUGACAAAAGCUCUUUUAUCUGAAAAGGAGUUCAAAAAUAAACUUUUUUUGCAUAUUUUUAAGAAAGUUCAUUAUUUUUCAUCAAAAAAAGGCCCUUAAGAGGUUUCUUCGAAUUUUUUUGCGCAUUCAAUUUUGAAAAUGUCUAAAAUAUAGUCUAAAUCGAUCCCUCACUUGGAAACUUAUAAAAUAAAAAAACUUUUUUUCUGAAAUUUUUGAAACACUUGAUGAACCGUGCGCAUUUUUGCAUAUAAACCCUGCACCUUUUGCAGGGAGUAAAAAAAUUUUUCAACCGAAAUUUAUCCUUUUUUUCGAGACUUUUUCUUAUUUGUUAAUGCACUUGUAUAGUUUACGAAGCAUUUCAGUUUAAAUUUAAUAUUUUGGCAAUUUGGUUGGGAUCAUGCUAAAAAUUACCAUGAAACGUAUUCUUUUUUGAACUUUGACCUUUUCAAAAAUUUAAAUUCUAGAUGCCGAUCUCUUCGCGACGCCUACCACUUGAUGAAAUCAAAAAGAGUGAUGGUCCGACCGAAUUUGGGCUUUUGGCGUCAACUUAUCGCCUAUGAACAGGUAAUUUUCAUCUUCAUCAUAAUGAGAAAAUUGACGGACUUUUCGAGGAAUCCUUAUCUAUACAGUUUCAUCGAUAAAAGGGCUCUUUCAAUGCAAAAGUCCAAUGGAAUCAAUCAAAAUGGCGCCGUUUUUCAAUCCGCUUAUGAUUCAUUAUCAUUAUCGAACUUUAGUUUCAAAGAAAAAUGCCUUUCUCAUGGCUUUCACGUGUUCUGUUAUUGUAUUUGUGCUCUUUGAUUUGCUGACACGACGGUUUUUCCGCCCCCAACGUUCUAGAAAUUUGAUAUCGGAAAUCAUAUGCAGUGUAGUUUGAUGGUUUGCGAAGCACGUGAGGGGGAAAUCGUAAAUUUAAUGGCUUUUUGAGUGAAAAUUUUGAGAAUGAUCAGUUUUGAGUCAUUUGUUUUAUGUCUUUUCAAAAAUUUUUAUGCUUAGGAAGGUUUUUUUUAUUUUUUGAAUCAGUUAUUCCAUAAAGUUAGGAAGGGACCUUCGAAAAAAACGUGCAAUUUUCAAAAAAAAAAAAUGUUUUUAUGAAGUUCAGAAACUUCAAAAAUAAGUUCACUGAAUUUUUUUAGAUUUUUAAGCCAUCUUUCAAACUUCUUUAAAACCUUUAAAAGGUACCUAAAUUUGAGCUAAAGUUAUAAAAAAAGCCCAGAUUUUUUUACGAAAAGAAGUUUUUUAAAAGAUUUUUAUCAUAAUGCCGUGUUCAAAGUAAUUUCCGCGAAAUGCAAAAAUGGUCUCUGACCCUCCAAAAUUUAGUUAUCAUUUCUCUUUUUUCUGACGGCUAUUUUGAAUUUCGCGGAAUCACUUUGAACACGGCUUAAGAUUCCUUCUUUUUCCAAUUCAGUGUGUUUGAUCAAUAUGAAGGGUGAGAAAAAUACAUAUGAGGAGGACAUUACUAUGAAAAGGUUUUUAGGAUUUCUGAAAUUUCUUAGAGGAGAAAGGGUUUAAAGAUGAUAAUAUUUUUAUGUCGCGCAGCCGUUUCGGGUCCCAAAAAUGGACGGCUUAGAGGGUGACCCAUCGUCAGCAUUUUACCCUCUUGCUUUAAAUCAAAAAAAUGUUAUAAAAGAUUUUUUUAGCUAUUAUACCUAGGCGCAGUUUUAAAUUAAUAAAGUUUGGAAAAAUUGAAAAGGGAAAAACUGAUAAAUGAAGGGGAAGAAAAAAAGGAAAAAGAGAAAAAAAGGGGAAAUGUAGUCAUUCAUAUCCGAUAUCGAUUGUUGUCGGCAGAGGUCAAAAAGUUACGAAGAGGUAGAUUAAAUUUAUGUUCUUGUGGAAGUCUAUAUUGAAAGUAUAAAGGUAGAAAAAUUGAGGUUGAAAUUUGGAAUGUAGAGUGAAGAAGGGAUAGUUAUAAUGAAAUGUGUAUUUUUUUGCAAAACUAAAUCCGAUUUUUUUCUUUUGAAUUUAGUCCUAUUUAAAGUUUUUUUGUUUAAUUUAUUUUAGCUUCUUCAUAAGGGUUUAAAACCGUCCGCACUUUAUGAGCGUAUGUUAUUUUUUUCGGAAAUCCUUACUGAAAACAAAAAUAAUCACGAGAAAUACCUAAAAAGUUCUGUGGCUUUCAAAAAAAAUAGAUAGAAAUACUUUUUCUUCAUUUGGACCACAUAUUAAUUUUUGCGAUUUUUCAGAACGUGAAGGAAAAUCCGGGAUCCGUCCGUCUUGUCAGAGAUGAAGCUCAGCCAGAUUGCCUCCUUCCUGACGUCUACCUCAACAUCGCCAUUCCUCCACGUCCUGAGGUGAUUUUUGCACUAUUUUCAAGGAAAAUUAACGAAAAAAUCAUUUAAAACACUUCAAACAAACUGAUAAACUGAUUUGCAGAGCCCCGAAGCCGACGGCAACACCGACGAGCCGCGGGAACGCCGGAAUUCCGGCCUCCGAUCCAAAUUCCGGCCAGUCCUGGAGCCCCUCAUCGAAAUGGCCGAAGCCGUCUGUUAA